CGCCGGAUGCCACGCCACGCCACUAGAUGCAUCCUCUCUUUUUUCUUCUUCUUCUAGCCAGAAGUCUGCCUUUCUUUGAUUUGAUCCAUCAUCGCCCACCGCGAGCAGCAUGGCGGAUCAACUCACCGACAACCAGAUCGCUGAGUUCAAGGAGGCAUUCAGCCUCUUCGACAAGGACGGCGAUGGUUGCAUCACAACCAAGGAGUUGGGAACUGUCAUGCGUUCACUAGGGCAGAACCCAACGGAAGCUGAGCUCCAGGACAUGAUCAACGAGGUCGAUGCCGAUGGCAACGGGACCAUUGAUUUUCCUGAGUUUCUAAACCUGAUGGCUCGCAAGAUGAAGGACACGGAUUCAGAGGAAGAGCUCAAGGAGGCCUUCCGGGUGUUUGACAAGGACCAAAAUGGAUUCAUCUCCGGCGCUGAGCUCCGCCACGUGAUGACAAACCUUGGUGAGAAGCUGAGCGACGAGGAGGUGGACGAGAUGAUCCGUGAGGCUGAUGUUGAUGGCGAUGGUCAGAUAAACUAUGAGGAGUUUGUGAAGGUCAUGAUGGCCAAUGUUAGAUGGAUGAUAGCUGCUUUCUUGUGCUUUCCUGACUGUAUUUCUGUGCUUGUAAGAAUCAUACACAUGGAGCAUGAGAAGAAAGUUAAGGUGCUGUGCCUUCACGGCUUCCGGACAAGUGGGAGUUUUCUGAAGAAGCAAAUCAGCAAAUGGCACCCUUCCAUCCUCCAACAAUUUGACAUGGUCUUCCCUGAUGGCAUCUUCCCAGCUGGAGAUAAAUCAGAAAUAGAGGGCAUAUUCCCCCCACCCUACUUUGAGUGGUUUCAGUUCAACAAGGACUUCACUGAAUACACAAAUCUGGAUGAAUGCAUUACACACCUGUGUGAUUACAUGAUGGAAAAUGGACCUUUUGAUGGUCUUCUUGGAUUCUCCCAGGGUGCAACUCUUUCUGCCCUUUUGAUAGGCUACCAAGCCCAGGGUAAAAUCCUGAAUGAUCAUCCACCAGUUAAGUUCAUGGUCUCAAUAGCUGGGAGCAAGUUCAUGGACCCAAGCAUAUGCAGUGUAGCCUAUAAGGAUCCGAUCAAGGUGAAAUCAGUGCAUUUCAUUGGAGAGAAGGAUUGGCUCAAAGUGCCUUCCGAGGAGCUGGCUGCUGCCUUUGAGGACCCUGUCAUCAUAAGACAUCCCCAGGGCCACACUGUCCCCAGGCUUGAUGAGGCAAGUGUGAAGCAGCUUUCUGAAUGGAGCUCAAGCAUCCUGGAAGAACUCAAGAAUGCAGAGGUAGUCAAGGCCUCAAAUUUGGAGAAGCCAUCUGAGGGCAAUACCGGGGUAGAGUCUGCUGAAAAUCUGGUAGAGCAAGUUGCAGCUUGAGUAUUGCUAGCUGACACUGCCUGGACCUGGAGGCUGGAGCUGAUUGCUGCCUUAAGUUAAACCAGAUUAGUCCGUCAUGAAAUUGUUUCAUCCACAUGUUUAAGAAUUUCGUUUUUAAACGAACACGUUUUUAACUUUCUUUGGAGCGAAUAUAUUUGUCUGGUUGUUCUGCUUAUGUUAUCUGAGAGACAAACUGAAACUUAAUCGUCUCUCAACUGGACCGAAUGGAUUUUAGCCAGCCAUUCAUUGGAUUUCA